GAUUUUUCCCAUUGCAGCUUCACUAUCUUCUAGGGAGUGGAACUGUUUUGCUGCAAUUAUAACGUAAGCUUAGUUUGAAUUGGCAAGUUGAAACGUUAUCUGCAAAAUUGAAACACUAGAAUGGGAAGUUUUAUAAAACUGCUUAAUUUUAAACUUUGUUUGUUGAGUUUUGUUGCACUGAGCUACGCCCAAGCAUCCGUAGUCCAUAUCGAGGCUAAUCCAGAUGCAAAAAGGUUGUACGAUGAUCUCUUGAGUAAUUAUAACCGUCUAAUUCGACCUGUGGUCAAUAACACCGAAACAUUAACAGUUUGGCUUGGACUUAAGCUGUCCCAAUUGAUAGAAGUUAGUUUGCGAAAUCAGGUGAUGACAACCAAUCUCUGGGUGAAGCAAAAAUGGAACGAUUAUAAGCUAAAGUGGGACCCAGAGGAGUACGGUGGAGUUGAAAUGCUUUAUGUUCCAUCUGAGCAAAUUUGGUUGCCUGAUAUAGUGUUGUACAACAACUGGGAUGGUAACUAUGAAGUUACUCUGAUGACCAAAGCCACACUGAAGUACACUGGAGAGGUGUUUUGGGAACCUCCGGCAAUUUAUAAGUCCUCUUGUGAAAUGAAUGUGGAGUACUUCCCCUACGACGAACAGACUUGUCUUAUGAAGUUUGGUUCUUGGACUUAUAAUGGUGCACAGGUGGAACUAAGACAUUUAGAUCAGGUUCCAGGAAGCAAUUUGGUGCAAAUUGGAAUCGAUCUUAGUGAAUUCUAUCUUUCUGUGGAAUGGGACAUAUUAGAAGUUCCAGCUAGUCGUAAUGAAGAAUAUUAUCCAUGUUGUCCCGAACCCUUCUCUGAUAUAACUUUCAAACUUACAAUGAGACGUAAAACUCUGUUCUACACCGUAAAUCUGAUUAUUCCAUGCGUUGGAAUCACAUUCCUAACCGUCCUGGUCUUCUAUUUGCCGAGUGAUUCCGGUGAAAAGGUAACACUGUGUAUCUCCAUUCUUGUGUCGUUGACGGUGUUCUUUUUGCUGCUGGCCGAGAUUAUACCGCCAACAUCCUUAGCCGUCCCAUUGUUGGGCAAAUAUCUCCUAUUCACGAUGAUUCUUGUGUCUAUUUCUGUCUGGACAACCGUGUGCGUGUUGAACGUUUGGUACAGGAGCACUUCCACACACAAAAUGUCACCGAUUGUUAAACGUUUGUUCUUGGAGAUUAUGCCAAAGAUUAUGAUGAUGCGCAGAGCAAAAUAUACGUUGCCAGAAUAUGAUGAUUCAAUGGGUAAUGGAUACACCAACGAAAUUGAGAUGAGUAUCAGUGAUUUUCCCGGCGACUACAAGGAGGGUGGCGACAGCUUUGAUAACAUUGGGAUGAAUCUACCGCACGGUUCAGUCGAUAACGAUAAUGUCAUACCGAAGCAAUUAUCACCGGAGGUGCUCUCUGCAAUACAGGCCGUAAGAUUUAUUGCCCAGCACAUCAAGGAUGCCGAUAAGGAUAAUGAGGUUGUCGAGGACUGGAAGUUCGUAUCGAUGGUGUUGGAUCGAUUUUUCUUGUGGGUAUUUACAAUUUCUUGCAUCUUCGGCACGUUCGGAAUCAUCUGCCAGAGCCCGUCGCUCUAUGACACUCGUGCUCCCGUUGAUCAACAGCUGAGCGAGAUUCCACUCAGGAAGAACAACUUUAUGCUACCACCAGAUAUAGUGCGAAUCACGUUGGAUUGAAUGUUUAUAGGCUCGGUUUUGACGUACAAUGUACUCGAACUUGAUGUUUUUUUUAUAGGGAAAUGUUGUUCAUGGUAAAAACACCUGUAACUCAUUGACCUUUAAUAGCAAUCAUUUGAAUUAUGCGGUACAGUGAAGUUUUAUAACACACAACUAUGCACUAUGGUAAAAUCCGUAAUGUUUUAUCAUUAUUGCAUGAAUAACAAAUAAUUCCCAAAGUUCGUAUGCACAAAAAUGAUUUACUUGUGGUUGUGGAUUGAAAAACAAUUCGAAUUGAUCAAAAAGAAUAUUCAACACAUAUGGUUUUUAUAUUUUGUGCAAAUACAAAAUUUUAUUCAGGUACACUACAUUACAAUAACAUACCUGACCCGUAUCUGGUCAAACGCCUGGGCUUUGAUAUUUUUUCUUAAAAAUAUUUUUACUGUUAUUGGUUGGUUUUUUUGAAUUUCUUUUAAAUAAUUUAAGAAAAAAUAAAUUUAUGAGUUUUCAGCAUGAUGUUAAUGUGUUCUUUGGCUUCACAGAUUUUGGGAUUUGAUAAUAUGAAUACUUAUUACUAGUAUUAAAGAUCAUGUGGUACUUUGCACAA